AUGAGCAACAAGGUUGAUUUGUCUACUGCAAUUCUUGACACUGCCCUACCAAACCAGGUGGUCGUGAAUGCCAGUCUCCUGAACACCCUCAACAUCGGCCAGCACGAGAUCGCCCUGAACCCGGCUGACAUGACCAAGAACGCCCUCUUUGAGGCCGGCCCAGUCUUCGUGAGGGGAGCCAAACAAACAAGCGGCCUGUUCACGUGCAGGGUGGACGAGAGCCAGCAGCCCGGGACAGCGUGUCUGUCGAAAGAGGCGAGAGCGAAUCUGCGAAUCAGAUCGGGAGACACCGUGAAACUCUACCAGCCCGAAGACAGGCAGCUCGUGGACGCCUACCUGGUCUCACUGGCCGAAGUGGUCGAAACAACAAGGGGCCUCUCAGGCCGAGUCUUCGAGGAGGUCGUUGCGCCCUACUUUGACUCGAUUCCAGCGAGUUUCGUCUCAAAAGGAGGCGUCUACACCAUCGCAAGUGGAAUGCUACGAAUUGAGGUGAAGGUGACUGGGAUCAGGGGAGCACUGCCUGGCGAGAAGGAGGGCGAGGAGGUCGACCA